AUGUCGAACUUCGACUCGCUAGGCUUCAACAUGCCGGACUUUGGCACGCCCGGCUUGGACAUGUCAGAUUUCGAUAUGCCAGAGUUCCACAUGCCAAACUUCAACUUUGACAUGCCCGCUGAUGGAAUUGCGCCGGUCGCAUUCCAGUGGUUCGACGAGAAUCCGACGACUGAUUUUGUGUCUUCCGCUACCCCUGUCACCACGGUGGCUCAGGUGUCUUUAUUUCAAGCCGAUCUCGACAUGCUUGACGACCCUACGAAGCCUUCCGAGAGUAAGAUGUGGAUCUUUGAUGUUUUCUUCAAUGAUAUCAUCCCUUACCGCUUUCACGACCAUCUUAGGCUCUUCCCGAAUAUUGAGUUUUACUCAACCCUGCUGUACAAUCGAUCUGAUCGAAGCACUAUAUGGGGUCUCGUGGUGAGGUUCCAUGAGUGGAUCUCUAAUGUGGCAGCCUCCUCUCCUGAAGAUGCCGACGAAGCUAUCGAGGCUCUGAAGCUUCGAGCGAGUGUUCAUGACUGGCCGCAGAAGUCAAGCGAUGACCCAGAUCAUUCUGUUAAGCUUGCCAGUAAAGAUGCUUCGAUACAGCAACAGCUAGCCAUGCCGCCGAGUUCUACUCCUCCGGUGCCAGAUGCAGUGCCGAAUACAGGCCAUUCCCGGCCCUUGUCUCCGACGCGGCACAAGCAUCCUCUUCUAGAGGCAGAACUAGUCGUUACUCCAGUCUUCCAGUAUAGAGGCAUCAUAGAGAACAUGGAACAUUCCAAAGAGCUGGAUAGUGCCUAUGAGAGGCAUGUGAAGCGCGCCAAUGGCGAGACCCCUAACAAGGACGCAUCUUGGCCAGCUUCGUCUGAGCAGCAGCGGGCGUAUGUGAAGAAGCUCUUCGAAAGCAUCACCGAAUUGGAUGAUUUCUUUGAGCUGAGGAAAGCCCGGGAGCGCCUUCACAGAAUUACAAACACACAGCAGGAAGGCUGGGGCCCAGAAGCCCCAGAGAACCCAAGAAAGCGACGGAGAGGCGGUGUUACUGAAGAUGACAGUCUCAAUCCAUCGACAAGACCCAAGGGAAUGAGUAAGACCGAUUGGGCUCUCCUGAAUGACCAAGACUGGUUCUGCAAGUAUGCUGGUGCGCCGUCAAAAGAACGAGGGGCAAAACUCAGCAACGAUCUUCUGAAUGGCCGCCGCGACAUUCAGAACCAAGUUGGCCGGGACACCAUCAGAGAAAAGACGUCUAUGCACGACUGGACAACCUCUGAUGAUUUCGAGAUUCGAAACAAGGCUGGAGAAUUGGUUUUGAAGGGGGGACAUCUGGCAGAUAAAAAGCGCCGACAGCUCGCAGUCAGAAAUAAGGAGUAG